AUGUCAGCAGUCUGCCGUGCAGUGGCAGAGCUGGAUCCCCUACGUGCGAUGGUGACUUUGGCCUUGGCAAUCGGAUUGUGGUUUGGUUUGCAUCGGUGGUGCAAGAAUCACAGUGCAAAGACAAAGCUGGCCAGUGCAGUAGAUGCUGGCAAUCCUGACGAGAUGCUCAAGGCAUGUGAUGAGGUGGAAGCCUCUGGUGCAGAUGCAACUGGUGUGCCUGCAGUUCGUCACAUGGCCAGUGUGCUGAGAAGGUGUGCCACCCUACGUGAGCCCGAUGGAAUAGAGAAAGCCUGUGGUGAUGCUGAAGCUGCAGGUGUGGACGAACAGCAUGUGCAGGCUUUUCGGCAAAAGGCUUGCAUGAUUCGCAGAGCUUUGCGAAGAUUGGCCGCUGCCGUAGAUGCUGGCAAUCCUGACGAGAUGCUCAAGGCAUGUGAUGAGGUGGAAGCUUCUGGUGCAGAUGCAACUGGUGUGCCUGCAGUUCGUCACAUGGCCAGUGUGCUGAGAAGGUGUGCCACUCUACGUGAGCCCGAUAGAAUAGAGAAAGCCUGUGGUGAUGCUGAAGCUGCAGGUGUGGACGAACAGCAUGUGCAGGCUUUUCGGCAAAAGGCUUGCAUGAUUCGCAGAGUUUUGCGAAGAUUGGCCGCUGCCGUAGAUGUUGGCAAUCCUGACGAGAUGCUCAAGGCAUGUGAUGAGGUGGAAGCUUCUGGUGCAGAUGCAACUGGUGUGCCUGCAGUUCGUCUGAAGGCAAAAAUAAUUCUUGCUGAGGAUGAAGUGAAUGUUCAAUUGUCGGCAGUGCGCUGCAGCCUGGAAGAUUUACAAGCGAAAUUCGCGGCUGAAGAUAGUUUGCGUUUGCUAACUCUGCUUGCAGCUACGCUUACAGCGUUGCAGGGCAAGUUGACAGUUGCUUGCAAAUGUGUGAGUUGCCACGAAGCUGUGCUUGCAGGCCAGGCGCCAGUAUGCUCACAAGGCACACAUUCCUUGUGUUCAUUAUGCUUUGAGAAGUAUGCCCGUGCAGAGCAAGACCAGCCCGAGGCUGUGAUUCGUCAACGGGGUGCUUUUCUUGAGUGCCCCUGCAGAGCGCCUGCCGAUGCUCGUUGCAAGGGUUCUUUCAGCGAGCAGACAAUGGCCAAGUACUUGCCAUCAGAGCUCUUUGACACGCAUAUGGGCCUACAGCGGCAGCAGAUCCGUGCAGAAGAGCAUGCGAAAGCAAACCAGAUGCUCAACAAGCUGGCAGCAGAAUGGGAGCGGCAGGUGCCAGGCCUGUCGCAGGAACUGCUUGCAAAUCAGUUGAAAGCAGCCUUGCCAGGCGCACAUCAGUGCGGGCGUUGCGGUUUUGGACCAGUGCUGCAUGACCGCUGCGACAAUUUGAGCACCCACCACAAUGAAAGCAGUGGCAGGACUCGAAUCAGCAAUGCUUGUCCAAGUUGUGGUCAUUUCAGUGGCAAUAUUUCGGGCUGGCCACGGUGGGAUGGCCGAGUUCGCCAUCUUGCCCAAGCGCGCAGCACAGAGGUCCCAGCAAGUACGAACACAAAAACUGCUGCCAGUUCCAGUGACAGCAGACGCAGGGAAGAGCAGAUACGGCGUGAUUAUGAACUGGCAGUGCGCUUGUCCCGAGUAGCCUAG